AUGGACCCCUUCACCCGCCACCCUUCCUACGUGGGCAGUCAAUUCAACGAACCGCACCUGCAAUACAACAACCACUAUUCGGCGCGCCACAUGGAUGAUGACGACGACUCCCAGCUGUUCUCAGGCGGUGGCUACUACGGCAGAGCCCAGCAUGACAAUAGAAACCUGUCUCAGUACGACACGACAUCCUAUCAGCACAUGCUGCAGCGCCACUACUAUCCUCCCAGCUCUUACAUGCCGAUCGACGACGACUUCAGCGCGAUGGUGGCUACACGCAGCAACAGCACUGGACCUGACUCGUUGGAUCGGGGCAGCGAGCCAAGUGACGAGGCUUUUGAUGAUAGGUGA